AUGACGUCUCCCCUAGACGCCACAGCGUACCCGCACCUCCUGGACGCGAUCUUCGCCUACGCGCCGCGCUCGUCGCUCCUCGCGCUCCGCGCGGCGUCCUCGACGCUCCGGGACCGCGUCGACGCCGAGUUCCUCCAGCACGCCGUCAUCUCCGUCUCGGACGACGGCGGGGCGCUCUCCCUCCGCUCGAGGGCGUACGGCCGCGUGCCCUCGCUGGCGGACCACGCGCCGGUCCGGCUCCCCCUCCCCCGCCCGCUACGGACGGACAAGGGCAAGCCGCCCUCGGCCGACGGCACGCUGCGGCUCGCACACACCCUCUCCCACCCGUCCGUGCUGGACGUGCACACGUCCCUCGUGCCGCUGGCCAUCGCGUCGCGCCGCCGCCUGCCCGCGCCGUUCGCGCUCCCGCCGGCCUUUAGCAAGGUGCAUACGGUGCGCGUGCACCACCCCGAAGCUGGGUGGUCGCAGGGCGUGUACACCCUCUCGCCGACGCCCGGCACGCCGCGCACGCUCGUGCUCUUCCCCUCGGGCGCCACGCGGGACAGCUACUACUGGUACCAGGACGAGCGGUACCGGCACGCGCUCGACCUGAGCGCCGUGCGCCGGCUCGUGGUCCACGUCGCGCCCGGCGUGUGGGGCGGCGAGGCGCUCGCGGUGCUCCGCUGGGCGGGCGCCGAGGAGGUCGCCCUGCUGGUUAAUGGUAAGGCGGGGCCGGGCACCGGGACAGAGGGCACUGCCAAGGCCGGGUGGAGCGACGCCGCGCGCGAGAUCGCCGCGCGGAUUUGUGUGCGCCUGUCGGCGUGGAAGGGCGCCGAGGUCGCCGCGCGCUUCGUCGUCGUCGACAUGGCCACUGUGCGGGGCGAGGCGGUGCGGCAGCCGCCCAAGUCGGAGGAGGAGCGCAUCGACGAGCUCCAGGCCUUGCUGCUUGGCGGCGUCGCGCCGCGAAUCCCGCAUGCCCCUGCGCCCGAGCUCAGCGAGAAGGAACGCGCCAUCCUAGGCCGCAUCACCAUCCUCGCAAAGGACGAGUACGCCGCCACCCUCACCUCUGCCCAGUUCGAACUCGAGACCACACCAUAG